CUACCAUCUUUUGAUUUUAAGAACCUUGCCCCAUUGGAUGGAUUAGAGGAGAGAGAGAGAGAGAGAUAGACAGAGAAUUACCUUUUUUACAACUAGUUGAUCUACAUGUUAUUUUAUUAUUAUUAUUUUUUUAGUUUUAAAAUACUACUGGUUUCUCUCAUGUAUCUUAUUCUAAAAGGUAAUUCAUAAAAACAAGCUCUUAAAAUAAUAAAUUUACCGAAUUUCAAUAAAAAAAUAGAUCAUCUGUUUAAACAAAAACAAUGGACACGUCCAUCUUUUUGAUAGGUAAAAACUGACAAGUAAAAUACAUCAGUUUUUUUAAACAAAAGUCAAGAUGCGUUUUUACCUAUGAAUCUUCCUUCAGGUUUAACCCUAUUCCAACUCGAGGGGGGUGGUUAGGGGCUGUUGACAAACAGUUUUCGUCUCCGUUAACGACAAAUUGGCCGCUAGACUCGGACCCCCCUCCCCCAGCCCCUUAACGGCAAGCCCAUUUCCCCUACAUAAGUUUUCGUCUCUGUUAAAGGAAAAUUUGUCGUUAAAUAGAAUUUUGCCCCCCUCUGUGCUUUUUGGAACAAUCUUUGUGGAGACUUAUACGAACACAAGAUACAUUUUUAAAACAACGAAUUCUAGAUUAUGGUGGAUUUUUACUAUGGAAACAUUUUUUAAUUUGUUGAAUUUUUCCAUUUUCCCUGAAAGAAACAAAAAAGGUGAGAAAGUGAAAUUCGUCUCCAUUUUUAUAUUUUUAACGGACGAUGCAGAGACGAAAACUGUUUGUCGAUGGCCCCUUAUGGUGUGGCCCUGAUAUUUUCUGACCUUUCCUAAAGUUUAUUUGGGGAUAUAUUGGCGAAAUUUGUUUUGGAAAAAUAUAUGCUCACCUUCAGCAUUCAUUCAUUUAAUUGACAUUGCCAAAGUCCAAAAAAUGAGAUAUUUUAAAUUUGGCCAAAUAACUUUAUUUCAAUAUAUUAUUUACUAUUGUUAUGCAAUAUAGAAGCAAAAAAAAUACAAGAAUAUGUCAAUGACUUAUUUUAGGUACAUUUUCACGUCACUAUAAUCUAUUGUCAUCCGUAAAAAAUUGAAAAUUGAUAUAAAAGUUUGUGCGUAAGAAAAUACCCACAACACAAGAAAAACACAAACAUCAGAAGAAUUUAACAGGUCUAACAAUACUUUAACAUAAAUGCCUAAAAAUUAUCCUAUUUGAGCCUGAAUGUGCUUAUAAAGGAUGAAAUUCAGGUUUAAAUGGAAGGUUUAAUGUAAGGGGCAAAAUCUCAUUUUUUUCAAAAAAAUUUUUACACAUUCGUAUAGAAUCGAAUAUAAGAUUUUUGAUUAAGAGAAAAAAAUUAUAAAACAAUAUAAAAGAAUGUCUUUGUUCCAAAAAAUCUACUUUACAUUCAUAACACACAUCGUCGCUGGAGAACAAGACCAUGCUAUGUCCGAAAAUACAAAACUGAGAAAAAUCACAUUAAAAAUUUUGUUUAGCCACAGAAAUAGUGUCUAUUUGUUAGGUAACUUAAUUAUAGCAAUUUCACUGACUCCAGUCAUCACUUUUAUUGGUUUUCAGGUGUUUGUCCACUUCAUCAUAAUUUUGGCAAUAUAAAGCCAUGUUUAUUAUUAGGAUUUUUUUGUUUUCCAGAAGUAUUAAGUCUAGUCUGAGCUAGUAAAGGCAUGAAACUGUCCUAUGUCCAACUACUUAGACCUAGGACUGUUUUGGUGUCCAGAAAUUUACUAUACAGUUAUUUAUAGUUACACCAAGUAAGACCAGUUAUUAGGACAUUUAGCAAAUUUAGCAAAUGUUUAAUAGCCUAUUGUGGACAUAGCAUUGUUCAAAUACAGUUUUUAACGCAGAGAAAAUUUUCCCACUGAAAUCUCAAUUUUCACAAAAAUUGACAUAGCACAGUCUUGUUCUCCAACGACGCGAAAAAAAUUUUCAGUGAAAUUUUUUUUUGUAGGGGUUUGAUACAUCUUGGGUGCUUUUUUGAAUUAAGUAUGAAUGUAAACCUAAUCAGGGUAAUGUGGUUUUUGUGAUGAAAGAAGUGAAUAAUUUCGUACCAAACUUUGAUGGGAAAUAUCUUUAAAAGUAGAAACAUUCAAUGUAUAAUUCAAAAAUGCUACCGAGAUAAAUUUAUAGUGAAUACAAAAUUGUAAACAGAAUGUAUGCAAAUCUUCUGGUUUUGUAAAUGGAACAAAUUUUCUAAACAAGGGCUCAUUUUUUUAAGCGUUUUUUGGAUGAUCUGAGAUUAUUUUUGCAAAUAAUAUUUAGAUCAUUGUCUAGAUAAUUUUAUAUGCUUUUGGAACAUAACUAUAUGUAAAUGCAUUGACCACCAUUUAUUUUUAGUCCACAAUUUUUAAUACAAAGCACUUGUUUCCCUGACUCACACCUUAACCCUAUUCCAACUGUGCUUUUAAGGGCUCUGAAUUGCUGUGGGAAGGGGGGAGUUGGUCCCCCCUAUGUAUCUUUUGAUUAGGAAAAAGUAUUUACUUCAUAUUUGUGGCAGUGAAGCAGGAAGAUCUUGACCGUUUAGAAAGGAAUGAGAAUGGUUAGGUGGAUGUGUAACGCCAGUCUGAGAGACAGAAAGAAUUCAGAUGAGCUAAGAAGCAGGCUAAGUAUCCGUAGAAUUAAAGUUGUUAUCCAGAUAAGAAGAUUGAAUUGGCUGUGGCAAUUGAAAAGAGGGGGAUAAUCGGGUAAGAAAGUGUAGAGACUUGAUAGUUCCUGGGGCAAAGGCCAAAGGCAGGCCAAGAAAGACUUGGCAGGAGGUUAUAAGAACAGGCUUGAUACACAGGAAGUUGAGUUUAGAUCUAACACAGUCUAGAUCAGAUUGGAAGAGGGUCAUCAAUAUACCCUGUCCAACCCAUGCUAGCAUGGAAAACGGACGUUAAGCCGAGAAUGAUGAUUUGGUAGGGAGUUAGUAUUUAAUGAGUAAAGUUCAUUUGAGAAAAAAAAUCCAUGAUGACGUCAUUAUUUUUUAGGUGACAUAAAAAAAACUCCCCAAUUUAGUCUCUUAGACCUAAUGAGAGUACGAAAUCAGUGUUAUUAGUUACAACAUACAUACUAUCUGAACUUGCCUUAGGGAUCGUCCACAAAUUUCGUCCCAUUAACGAGACGCUAUAAGACGAAAAAGUUAAAAAAAAUUCGUCUCGUUUUGUUCUUAAUUGAAAUUGAGACGAUUUAAAAAUCGUCUCAUAAAUAUCAGGAGACGAUAUUUUGUCAAUUCGUCUCAGAAUAAAAAAAGUGGAACAAAAUAUUUUAAGACGAAUUGAGACGAAUUGAGACGCUGCGGUAAAAUCACGGAGACGAAUUGAGACGAAUUAAGACGCUGCGGUAAAAUCACGGAGACGAAUUGAGACGAAUUAAGACGCUGCGGUAAAAUCACGGAGACGAAUUGAGACGAACUAAGACGACAGGGUUUCUUAAACACGAAAAUUUAUUUAAAAAGCUAGUGUUUUUUAAAGUGGUUUUAAUGUAUUCAGAUAUUUCAGAUAGCGACAGCGACCUAGAUUGGUUGUUUACGGACGAUUCUUUGUCCGAUGAUGAAAAUGAAGAUUACAUCAACGAAAUUUUACAAUGCGCUUCAAAAAAACGAGGCAGACCAGCGCUACACGAGCAACAUCCGGGCUUGGUUCCAUGUAUCGCAUCCUACAUAAGUCAGAACUCGGCCGAGGCCCAUUUGAGGCGCAGAGACAGUAUUAUGUACACAAAUGGUGUAAGCUUAAAAGAUAUUGUCUCUCACAUAAAAAGUACGCUCGGGUUAAAUGUGAGUAAGAGCGCGGUGCAUUACCUCAUGAGACCGAGGAGAAAAAAAACCACUUCGAGCAAGCGUCACAAAUCGUUGGUUGAUGCACGUGUUCCGCCCAAGCGCAACACGGGAGAAAAAAAGAUCCAUGAAGAUUUUCAUUUUUCUUGCUCCCAAGUUAACUUGGUUAAUGAGUUAGCGCAGUUAUGCAAUGAAAACACAAUCUCCUUGUCAGUUGACAACAAAAACAAGGUGGAUGUUGGUAUUCCCGCCACGAGUAGACGUGCGCAAAUCCGACGUUAUCACAUCGAAAAUGAGGCUCCCAUUUACAAUGACCACGACUUCCCCUAUCCGAAUAGUAAAUUAACCCCAGCAGGUUAUCAACAACAGGAACGCCAGCCAUUUCGAAUAUAUCUCCCAGUAAAGACGAGCUAUGUUUCGCAUCUAACUAUCUAUAUUUAAUAUCUAUAUAUUCCUUCCUAACAACAUAUUUAAAGAAUCCUAAUCUUAAAGAAUAUUUAUGGCUAAAUUCAGUUUCAGAUAUACUUACCAGUAAAUAUCGAAAAUAACUCAAGAUUCCAUCUGUCACGACCAAUAAUAAUAUUUUUUGUGAGAUUUGUUUCGCUUUUCCACAACAUAGUUCCAGCUUCGAACGACGAAGUUUGCUGUGAUAAAAUGUUGCCAAGUUUGAUAAAUAUACAGACCGUAACAUUCAACAAUCGAACGAGUACAAACAAUGUAGCUUAAGUUAAUCAGUAGCUGUGCCACUGCUAGCCAGGAGACCCAGCGUAAUUUUUCUUACCACCGGGAAAUCGGAGUAGUUAAGGUGGGAAAAUUACGCUGGGUCUCAAACGAUUUUUCUGCGGCCAAAAUCUGGCCGCGCUUUUUGAUUGGCUAAUUCUAUUGUUCUCUGCUCACGUGAUUAUUAUCGGGGAAAGCCCUUUUCAUCCCGAAUAUUCCAGCGAGUGGUUUCACUCACCCUAACAAACAUUAGUAUUCUACAAAGUUUUUACCAAAGUAAGAUUUGACCAAGCUUGGUAAACAACUCACAGAUAAAUUAAAAUGUCCUCCGAAGCGAUUAGUCACAUUGUUCGAUUUAAACUCGGGGUUUCCGCUGAGUCAUUCGUUCGCGUCUAAGCUUUAGUUUGAGAGAAACUCAUUUUAUCAACUGAAGAAGAAAGCUUAGUUAACUAGGCUAUGCCACUGCCGUUCCGCUAGAACAAUGGAAUAAUUUCUUUUUCACGGAACAAAAUCACGCUGGGUCUCCUGGCCAAGAUUUUUAAAGUUUCGUGUUAAACUCACGGAAGUGUUCGAAAAUAUUUUUCAACUUUUGAGACGAAUUUAUUAUAGCAGAGACGAAUUGAGACGAUUUGAGACGAAUUAAGAAAAUUCAUAGACGAAAUGAGACGAUUCGGAGACGAAUUUGUUUUUAAAAUAUGAUAUUCGGAGACGAAUUUGUGACUAUCAGGAGACGAUAUGAGACGAAUUAAGACGGUUAAGACACUACAAUGUUAUCACAAAAAAUCGUCUCGUAUGAAAGAGUUAAGACGAACAAAACAAAUUUACAAGACGAUUUAAAAUGAGCCGAAUUUAGACGAAAUUUGUGGACGAUCCCUUAAGAAAAAACAAAGGCAUGUAUAUAAUACAUUUAGAAAAAAUGUUUAAAAGUUUUUGAUGCGUCAUUAAUCGCUUGCCUUACAGUACAUGCAGUGACUGUAGAUGCAUGAUUGCCAGUGAUCAUGAACAGGCUUCUAAAUCAAAAUGCCGUUGUAGAGAAGUUUAUUUGAACAGGUUCAGAAAAUAUCCUUUACUUAUCAAGGCUAGCAUUUGCACAAAGUUUAAAACAUUCGCAACCUUGUUCCAUAACCCCACCGUUCAAUAUACUUGUAGUAGGAACUUGAAUGUGGCCGCUUUGAACUUGAAUGAAACAGUGUUCUUAUUGACU